AUGUCGAUUGAUGCAUUGUCCUUGGCGUGCAACAUCAUCACCGUGAUUGACUUUGGUAACAAAUUUUACCAGUCAUUUCGCGACAUUUACGAGAAUCACAAGCCAGACACGGCCGCUGAAGCCAAUGCGAAUGAUCUGCUCCUCCUGGCAGAGAAGCUCAAAGAUUCGCGGAAAAAGGCUCACCAGUCGGCGCUAAAGAAUGAUCUGCUCUUUCAGAUUGUGGACAAAUGUGCCAAGGCUGCCACGGAGCUUCAGCAAGAGAUUGUCAAGCUUGCUCCACCGGGAUCAUCCUCUCGUACCAAACAUGGCUUGCAGUCGCUUGUGUCGGCGACCAAGCGCACUUGGCGGCACAAUCGCAUUGAGCAGCUCAAGAAGUCGCUGGAUGAUUGCCAGGCCACGAUGCAAAAUGCGGUUCUGAUCAAAAUCUACGAGUCUGGCGAAGCAGAGCGAGUGCAGCGAUUUGAGGACUUUGGAAAACUGGAUUCACGUCUUCGAAAUUUCAUCCAAGCCGUUUCCAAACAUGAGCUGCAGAUGUCUGAGCUGCUGGCUGAGAAUCGGUCUCUUCAUCAGGAAACUCAGGCUGUUCUGCGGCAAGAAGUGGCUGCUUUGAGAAGCGUCCAAAUCUUUGAAGCAGAGGUUGCUCGCUUGAAAGCCAGUCUCAAGUUUCCUGGAUUGAAUCAACGAUACAACGACCUACAAACAGCUCACCCGAGCUCAUUACAGUGGCUUUUGGGUCGUAUCAAGAAAGAGGCGGGUGCCUCGGACAGGGACAGCGCAACGUAUGCCGGUGGGAGCCAUCAAGGCAUCGAAGAAGAGCCAAAAUACCUUCGGAAUUUGCGCGAGGAGACUUUCGGCGAUUUCAAGAAUUGGUUGAUAUCCGAACUCAAUUCGAAACUGUAUUGGGUAAGCGGGAAGCCCGGGGCCGGUAAAAGCACCUUGAUGAAGUCUCUUUUCCAGCAAAUGGAAAGCAUGGAUGUAAUUCCGGGUCCUCACCUGGUCAUUCGCCACUUCUUCUGGCUCGGAACAACAAACACACGAUCGAGGCACAAUGACAUGAAGGGCAUGUUUCUGACAUUCUUGCAUCAACUUCUGGAGAGCGAGGCGUCUGAUAGUAUACUCCAGAGGAUUCCCCACUCGCGCCAAAAAGACACGCACACAGAAUGGAGCAUGGAAGAGCUGCAAGAUGCAGUCCUGGAAGCUUUACAACUGCUGAGUAGCCACUACUCCAUCUACGUGCUAAUAGAUGCGCUUGAUGAGCAUCUUCCAGUAGCGAAGCACGGAGAACUACUGCAAGUAAUCAGAAAGCUCGAGGCGAUGCCCAAUAUGCGACUGGUGGUAUCAAGUCGCAGGGAGCAAAUCUUUGAGAAAGGCCUAUCUAGCUCCAGGCAACUCCAUCUCCAAAGGCUGACGGCACCAGACAUUCAUUAUUUUGCUCUAGACUCACUGAGCAAUGCAAUGAACUCUGAACACUAUAAAUCGGGGCGAUUCUUGUAUGGUAUUGUCGAAACAAUUGUGAAUAAAGCAGACGGAGUCUUUCUCUGGGCUCGAUUGGCUGUUGAUGGCAUUAAGCGCGGCUUCGUUGACGGGAACUCCGAGGACGAGCUAGAAGAUCGCCUCAAUGACAUGCCCGCGGAGCUAUUCGAAUACUUUAAAUCUAUUUGGAGCCGUCUAGGAGACGACGAAAAGAGAUACCAGACCAGGGCUGGCAACAUCUUCACACUUCUUUUGUCCGAAACUUGGGAUAGAGGGACCUUUCAUAAUCACCUCAAAGGUCCUUUGAAUCAUAUGAAAGGAACGGAUAAGGAUCUUUUGUAUCUGAGCUUGGCUUUGGACACAGAUCUGGCUCGCGUACUCAUUCAGGGGGAUGAGCGCAAUGAGAAAAAAGUACUGCUCGAACUAUGUCAAGAUACAGAAAGAACAAUCUUGUCAAGCUGCGCGGGACUGGUGGAGCUGCAAGAAGACAAGCGAGGCUAUUGCAUUCCAUGCAAUGUCGAACCUAUGGUCUUGAGUAAGAAAGCUGCAUUCAUUCAUAGAACAGCAAGGGAAUUCCUUCGCGAGACUGCUGAAGGCAAACACGUUGUGGAUUGCAACAAUUUGGGCGAGUUUGGCCCUGAUUUCCGAGUGCUGCUAGCGGCGCUAGCGAGGUCAGUGGUCUUUAGGGGACCGAGGCAAGUCCCUCGCCAAUGCUUACCGAAGAGAUGGCUUGAUUUGGGCUAUUUCCUCAGAUCGUUCCGUUUUCUUAUUGAGCGUGGGUCGCCAUUGGGUCAACCGCAGCGAUACGACCUAAUUGACUUGUGCCAUCGAGUCUAUUAUCGAUUAUCGGGUCAUCCAGACAACCCCAUUUUUGGGCAGUGGAGACCCGUCCAUCCCUUGAUCAUCUAUCCAUUCAUCGCCUUUGCAGCACGGUGGGGCCACGGCGACUGGGUGGUUCAGUGGAUGAAAGCACAAGUCAGUCAAGGUCGCACCUUCUCGCCAGAGGCUUACGUUAUUGUGUUCAGAGCAAGUUUGGAGUGCGGAUUAGAGGAUGACGAUUUCGACCCACUUUCCCCGGAUCUCAACACAUUGUUUACAUCUACGAGCAAAAUGAAUCCUUGCUUGCCCAGAUGUUUUGUUCCUUCAUGGGAACAUUCACAAAUUUCACCAUUGGUCAACAUAUCCUUAUCUUCUACCCCUCAGGAGAUUCUGAGGGAGAUCUUGCUCGAAAUGCAACGAUCUCGGACUACAGUAGUCAAGCGCCUUAUAGAACUUCUCACAAGACUGGGUUGUGAUCUCUUUGCAACUGUACCGUGGGUGUAUAGAUCUGGUGAAUUUCCUGAAAAAUCAAUAUGGGAGCUUCCCCAGCAAUUGUCCCAGCCUGUGCUGGUCAAGCAAAAUGAAACACAACGAUCGGCAGCACAGUCGAUGGAGGUAGCACGAGUGCAUAUGUUGUUCGAAGCAAGCCUCUUGUGGCUGAUCCAAUGCGCGGCUCGUACAUUGGCAGCUAUACCUGAAGCUAAAGGCCUAUGCCACGACCUGGAAGAAUUUGUUUCUUUGCAUGGCCAGAGUGAUCGGGUAGUACAGACGCCAAAGCCCAUCCUGUUGUUCACAGCUAAAGCAGAUGAUUGGGUGACAGGAUUUCGAGGGCCCACCAGAAUCGUGGUACGAGAUGUGAAAAAGAUGCCAGUUGAAUCGAAAGUCCAACUGGGUGAGAUUGGCCAAGAUGGCGUAUUGAGAUGGCCACUGGAACAGAUAUGGGAAGAUUCAGGAACAGAGGUCUUGAAUGACGCACAGAUCGAAGAAUUGCUUAUCCGUCACAAAAUUUGGUGCUCCAAGGCCGAUUUGAAGCAGCUGGCGAUGAAAUGUAAUAUUCGGAUGGAAGAUGGAGCGGCUCCCGAAAAUCAGCAUGACGAUUGGCGGUUGAUUGUGCCUCCUCCAGGAGCCACUGAAGAACAAGAAACACUCGGCUAUCUUACGAUGCCGUUUGUGGCGAAUGAUUAA